GUAAGCCGCUCCUCCCGCGCCCCCGCCCCCAGCCCCGCGCGGCGAUCCCCGGCGCCGACGCCAGGCGCUGGCCGUGGUGCUGAUUCUGUCAGGCGCUGGCGGCGCUGGCGGCGGCCCGGUUCCCUCUCCUCCUCCGGUCCCGGCUCGGCCGACCCCCCUCGUUCCCACGCCUCGCCGAGACCUCCCGCGCUCCCGCCGCGGCCCCCUACCCGGGGCGCGGCCCCAGCCAGCACCAUGCACCUCGCAGUUCUGCUGCUCCUGCCCUCGCUGCUGGCGCUCCCGGCUCACGGUCUCUCUUCAGAGUCCCCAACCAUGGGGGAAGGGCAAGCCACAGGCAUCAAGGAGACAGAUGGGGAGCUGACAGCGGCCCCUACACCUGAGCAGCCAGAUCGAGGUGUCCACUUCAUCACAACAGCCCCCACUUUGAAGCUGCUCAACCACCACCCACUGCUGGAGGAAUUCCUUCAAGAGGGGUCAAAGACGGCAGAAGAGGAGCUAAGACCUGCACUUCCCUUUCAACCUGACCCACCUACACCCUUCACUCCAAGCCCCCUUCCCCGCCUGGCUAACCAGGACAACCGCCCUGUGUUUACUAGCCCCACUCCAGCCAUGGCUGCAGCACCCACACAGCCGCAGUCCAGGGAGGGACCUUGGAGCAUGGAGUCAGAGCCUUCUGGGCUACAUAUUACGGCUCCCUUACCUCCAGGGCCCAGUAUGGCAUUGCCCACUCUACACUUAGGGGAGAGGCCUAAUACUACACCCCCCAACAGAAUAUGGACUCCAACCCAGGAGGGUCCUGGAGACAUGGGCAGGCCAUGGGCUCCAGAGGUCAUGUCCCAGACCACAGGGCUUGGGAUUGAGGGAACCAUCGCCACCUCCACAGCUUCAGGGGACGACGAGGAGACCACCACCACCACCACCACCAUCAUUACCACCACCAUCACCACAGUCCAGCCACCAGGCCCCUGUAGCUGGAAUUUCUCAGGCCCAGAAGGCUCUCUGGAUUCCCCCACACCCCCCAACUCACCCUCUGAUGUCGGCCUGGACUGUUUCUACUACAUCUCUGUCUACCCUGGCUACGGUGUGGAGAUCAAGGUCCAGAAUAUCAGCCUUCAGGAGGGGGAGACCAUAACAGUGGAGGGCCUGGGAGGGCCUGACCCACUGCCCCUGGCCAACCAGUCUUUCCUACUGCGAGGCCAAGUCAUCCGCAGCCCCACUCACCAAGCAGCUCUGAGGUUCCAGAGCCUUCCACCACCUGCUGGGCCUGGCACCUUCCAUUUCCAUUACCAAGCCUAUCUCCUGAGCUGCCACUUUCCCAGACGUCCAGCUUAUGGAGAUGUGACUGUCACCAGCCUCCACCCAGGAGGCAGCGCCCGUUUCCACUGUGCUACUGGCUACCAGCUGAAGGGUGCCAGGCAUCUUACCUGUCUCAAUGCCACCCAGCCCUUCUGGGAUUUCCAGGAGCCUGUCUGCAUUGCUGCCUGUGGAGGAGUGAUCCGCAACGCCACCACUGGCCGCAUUGUCUCUCCGGGCUUUCCGGGAAACUACAGCAAUAACCUCACUUGCCACUGGCUGCUUGAGGCUCCAGACAGUCAGCGGCUACACCUGCAUUUUGAGAAGGUCUCCCUGGCAGAGGAUGACGACAGACUCAUCAUUCGCAAUGGGGACAAUGUGGAGGCCCCACCCGUGUACGAUUCCUAUGAGGUGGAAUACCUGCCCAUCGAGGGCCUUCUCAGCUCUGGAAGACACUUCUUUGUGGAACUCAGUACUGACAGCAGCGGGGCAGCAGCAGGGAUGGCCUUGCGUUAUGAGGCCUUCCAGCAGGGCCACUGUUAUGAGCCCUUUGUCAAAUAUGGCAACUUCAGCAGCAGCGCACCCUCUUACCCUGUGGGUACCACCGUGGAGUUUAGCUGUGACCCUGGCUACACUCUGGAGCAGGGUUCCAUCAUCAUCGAGUGUGUUGACCCCCACGACCCCCAGUGGAAUGAGACAGAACCAGCCUGCAGAGCUGUGUGCAGUGGAGAAAUCACAGAUUCAGCCGGUGUGGUGCUCUCCCCCAACUGGCCAGAGCCCUACGGCCGUGGGCAGGACUGCAUAUGGGGUGUACAUGUGGAAGAGGAUAAGCGCAUCAUGCUGGAUGUCCGAGUGCUCCGCAUAGGCCCUGGUGAUGUACUGACCUUCUAUGACGGGGAUGACUUGACAGCCCGGGUGCUGGGCCAGUACUCAGGGCCCCGUGGCCACUUCAAGCUCUUUACCUCCAUGGCUGAUGUCACCAUUCAGUUCCAAUCGGAUCCUGGGACCUCAGUGCUGGGCUACCAGCAGGGAUUUGUCAUCCACUUCUUUGAGGUGCCCCGUAAUGACACAUGUCCAGAGCUGCCUGAGAUCCCCAAUGGAUGGAAGAGCCCAUCACAGCCUGAACUGGUGCAUGGCACGGUGGUCACUUACCAAUGCUAUCCUGGCUACCAAGUGGUGGGAUCCAGUGUUCUCAUGUGCCAGUGGGACCUAAGCUGGAGUGAGGACUUGCCCUCAUGCCAGAGGGUGACUUCCUGCCAUGAUCCUGGGGAUGUGGAACACAGCCGACGCCUCAUAUCCAGCCCCAAGUUCCCUGUGGGGGCCACUGUGCAGUAUAUCUGUGACCAGGGUUUUGUGCUGACGGGUAGUGCCAUCCUCACUUGUCAUGACCGCCAGGCUGGCAGUCCCAAGUGGAGUGACCGGGCCCCUAAAUGUCUCUUGGAACAUCUCAAGCCAUGCCAUGGUCUCAGCGCUCCUGAGAAUGGUGCCCGGAGUCCUGAGAAGCGGCUGCACCCUGCAGGGGCCACUAUCCACUUCUCAUGUGCCCCUGGAUAUGUACUUAAGGGCCAGGCUAGCAUCAAGUGUGUGCCUGGACACCCCUCACACUGGAGUGACCCCCCACCCAUCUGUAGGGCUGCCUCUCUGGAUGGGUUCUACAGCGGCCGUAGCCUGGAUGUUGCCAAGGCACCUGCUGCCUCCAGCACCCUGGAUGCUGCUCACAUUGCAGCUGCCAUCUUCUUGCCACUAGUGGCAAUGAUGUUGUUGGUGGGAGGUGUGUACCUCUACUUCUCCAGGCUCCAAGGGAAAAGUCCCCUGCAGCUGCCCCGAACACGUCCUCGUCCCUACAACCGCAUCACCGUGGAGUCAGCAUUUGAUAAUCCAACUUAUGAGACUGGAGUAAGUACCUAUGCCAGCCUAGGCACCCUCCCCAGGACUCAAUCCUCUACUCCCUUGGGUAGAUAACCCAAAGAUUCCUGCCAAGCCCUCUUUCUUCUCCUGAGGAAGUUAUAUUAUGGUCUAACAAACAUUAUACAAGUUUCCAACUCCCAGAAGUCUCUUUCCUUUGCAGGACACGAGAGAAUAUGAAGUUUCCAUCUAGGUGAGGGCAGCUUGGGGAUCCUCAGCCCUGCACAGCAAGGUUCCCAGCUUCCUGCUGUACCUCCACCUCCUGUACAUACCACCUGGGAAGAUGCCACCAAUCCCUCAAGAAGUUGUGCACCUCCCUGCCUGUGAUGCCCACCAUGGCCUAUUUUCUUGGCACCCACUUAGGGCACUUCCUUGGGCCCAAAUCAAGAAGCUUCUGACUCUGAGGAGAACACUGCUAGACCACAACACUGACAGCCAGCAUUAUGACCUCCCCAUGCUCUGUUCCUCCUGCCUGGAAGCCACUGGCAGACAAAGAGUACUUUCUCCACAUGGUCACCAUCCAGCCCUGGCAUAUAUGGGCCCAGUAGGGAUGACUUGACAGAGGUGGAGACUGCACCAAGGUACUCUUCACAGGACCAUCACGAGUGGUCAAAACUGCUCUCAACAGUGGCCUGAAAGACCAAACCUCAUGGAGGUUUCCAAUCCUUCUCUAAAGCCCUAGAAAUGGAGCUUUGCCUCCUUCUCCAUUCCAGUGGAGGCAAUAAUUAGAAGGGAUCUAAAAGGGUUCAUAGACUCUAUCCCAAGCUCAGGUUGGGCUUCACCAGGUAUUAACACUCCACACCAAAGGAGGACACCACUGGUUCCUGGCAGCUCUAUACCCUGAGGAGAAGGAAACCUUCCUUGAUGUUUAUCUGGUUAUGAACAUUCCCUUUCCACUAGUCCCUCUUCCAAGCCAUUUGCCAGCCUUCUCCUCCUGCCUGUUAUGGCUUAAGAGGGGUAAGAAUGCAUAUUCUGGAGAGGAGCAGAAGUCCAAGGACCCAGGAAUUUGGCAUGGAUUGGGGGCAAGGAGGCUAGAAAACCCCAGGAAGAAGCCCAGGAGCUGGCUUAAGGCCACUUUGUAUAUAUAAUGUAUUAUAUGGGGUCUGGGCUCCAGCCAGAGAACAAGCUUUUAUUUCUGUUGUUUCCUUAUUAAAAUGGUGUUUUUUGGAAAAAAAAAACAGCAAUGACUAGAUUCAUGGUGCUUUCUUGGAGGGAAAGGAGGGGAUAGAUAAAUGGGAUGUGGGCUUCAAGACCAGAAGGAAUGUUAAAUCAUCAAUCAUCCCAUCCUCAGAUAAAAAAAAAUUAUGUUACAUAUAGUAACAUAGGGACCACUGUCCCCAAAAAGUCAAUUUAAAAAAUAGCAAGUAAAAUGAGAAGCCUGAUGUCUAGUGGAACCCAAGAACUCAAAUGCUCAUCCAAACUAGACACAAGGCCCUAAUUUGUCUUAGCCUCAGAAAAUAUACAGAUUAUCAUACAAUGCAGCUUAGGGGUUUGACUCCUAAAUUAGGCAAAAGCCAUGCCUAUGGACUCUUUUAAAAGAGGUGGCCAUGUAGGACCAGCUUAAAUUCACUUCUACUUAUGGUCCCCAGAAUGCAAAUGCUUAGUGUGUGCCCUACAUAGCUGUUCAUCAGAGUAAAGGAGUUAUGAGAUUCAGAAGCCAGAAGACAAAAAUACCUGAAAUAAAUAAUAGUGACUCGGACCUUCUUCUACUACAGUCUUCCAUCCGAAAGGACUGGACGACAAAUGGUGCACAACCCCUAGGACUAGCACAAGCCACUUGGAAGAAUAGAGAAAGCAGAAUGCAAAGUGCAGUGCCUAUAUUAACCACUAGAGGUCGCUUCUGAAGGCAUCUAUAUCCCACCUACUUGUUCUCAAUUCCCCUUGAAUGUCUAGGGUUGGAGCUCUCCAAGGUGGCACCAAUUUCUGUCCCCAAAUGAGUUGACUUCAUCUUCCAAGUUCCAAGCGGAAGGUAUAUGAUUAGUUUCCCUGGCAUUCAUUAACACAACCAAGUCUUACUUUUCUCAUGAGUCCACAACUAGUUCCUAUUCUCAGCUGCAACUGAUGGUGUUAACCAAAGCAAAACCUUGCUUGUUGGGUAUGUGCCAA